AUGGCGCUGCGCCCACGUGCUUCCUCUCAGCCUUUGAAACUUUCCAUCUUCCAGAGCCCCAAACUGGCUGCAGCCCUUCGACCUCGGGCGGCUUCCUCGCGCUCAGGCUCCAUGCUGGAAGAGGAAUUGUCUUGUCCUGUCUGCUGUGAAAUUUUCAAGGAGCCUGUGGUGCUCAAGUGCAGCCACAGCUUCUGCCGGGCCUGUCUGCAGCAGUUCUGGAACAAGAAGAAGGCCAGGCGUGAGUGCCCCGUUUGCAGGAGGAAGUGCUCUCUGACAGAGCCCACGGUCAGCCUGGCCCUGAAGAAUGUAGCUGAAACUUUUUUGAGGGAGCAGGAGCGAAAGACGGCCGCUGGUGGGGCUGGUGGGACAGGGGAGCAAGCUGGGGUGGUGGAGGUGAACUGUGUCACACAUGGGGAAGUCCUCAAGCUCUUCUGUCUGGAUGAUUUUGAAAUCCUCUGCUGUGUGUGUCACACCUCCAAGAAGCACCAAGGCCACCAAGUGUGUCCCCUGGAGGAAGGAGCUCAGGACCUCAAGGAAGAAUUGAAGAAAGAGCUGAUUCCUUUGAAGAAGAACCUGCGCUGCCUGUAUGAAGCCAAGCAGAAGUGUGAUGACACAACGGUGCACAUGAAGAACCAGACUCAGACCACUGAGCAGCAGAUCAAAGAGGAGUUCCAGCAGCUGCGUGAGUUCCUGCAGAAGGAGGAGAUGGCUCGACUGACCGCCCUGCAGCAAGAGGAUGAGGAGAAGAAAGAGAAAAUGAAGAAGAAGUCCGACAGCAUCACCAGAGAUAUCCUCACCUUUUCUCACGCCAUCAUUGCCAUUGAGAACGAGAUUGCCUCCGGUGACCCUUCCUUCCUUCAGAAUUACAACAACACAAAGAAAAGAGCACAGAUCUCUCCGAAGGAUCAAGAAAAUGUAUCAGAUGCUCUUAUUAAUGUGGCCAAGCAUGUCAGUUCCCUCAAGUACCAUGUGUGGGGGAAGAUGGCGGAGCUGGUUCACUACACACCCAUCACCCUGGACCCCAACACUGCCUACUCCUGCUUGUCCCUCUCCAAAGAUCUGACCAGCGUGAGUAACAGUGGAUGCCUGAAGGAGCUCCCAGACAAUCCCGAACGUUUCGGCCACUUUGUGUUCGUGCUUGGCUCCGAGGGCUUCACUUCAGGCCGCCACGCCUGGGAGGUGGAGGUGAGUGACAAAGUGGACUGGAUGCUCGGGGUUGUCAAGGGGUCCAUCGACAGGAAAGGCCGUAUAUCUGGCUGUCCUGAGGGUGGCUUUUGGAUGAUCUCACACUACGAGGGCGAGUACUCAGCCAUGACGAGGCCCAGCACCCAACUGCAUCUGGAGGGGGAGCUGACCAGGGUCAGGGUGCAGCUGGACUACGAUGGCGGGGAGGUGAGCUUCUCUAACCCUAUCAGCAUGACUCCCAUCUACACCUUCACCGACUUCUUCACUGACAAGAUGUACCCCUUCUUCUGCCCGGGAGCCAACAUCAACGGAAAUAACCCCAAACCUCUUAAGAUCUGCCCCGCCAAAGUGGCUGUGUGGAACAGUGCCACAUGGUGA